AUGACUCCAUAUUUCAUAUUACGCGGCACAGUAGGAUUGUCAAUCGCAAACAGUCCUGUUACGGGUUAUCGUGCUUGCUCGGUUCAAGGUUGUGCACUUAUAUCCUCGAGAAUGGCCGACCAAUUAACAGAGGAACAGAUUGCUGAGUUUAAAGAAGCCUUUUCCUUGUUUGAUAAAGAUGGUGAUGGUACAAUCACCACCAAAGAAUUAGGUACAGUCAUGCGCUCCUUGGGGCAGAAUCCUACAGAGGCUGAACUGCAGGAUAUGAUCAAUGAAGUAGAUGCUGAUGGUAAUGGUACAAUCGACUUCCCUGAGUUCUUAACAAUGAUGGCCAGGAAGAUGAAGGAUACAGACAGUGAAGAAGAGAUUAGAGAGGCAUUCCGCGUUUUUGAUAAAGAUGGAAAUGGAUUCAUAUCUGCUGCUGAACUCCGACAUGUAAUGACUAACUUGGGCGAAAAGUUAACUGAUGACGAGGUCGAUGAAAUGAUACGUGAAGCUGAUAUAGAUGGUGAUGGUCAAGUAAAUUAUGAAGAAUUCGUGAAAAUGAUGACGGCGAAAUGA